CGUCAGUAAAAUGUAUGCCAUGUUCUUGCGAAAGACCAGCCUGCGAACUGUACAGCAAUUGCUGUCCAGACAUCACCGAGCCUUACAUUCCACCGCCAGGAUUGAUUGGAAAUCUCUACACCAAGAGUGAAAAACUGGGCUAUCAAAGCUUUAAUGCUACCUCUUCUUCUGUAGAGAUAGACAACGACACCUCGCCAGACGACAUCUCGCCCAACGAUAUUUCGCCAAACGAUAUUUCGCCAGACGACAGCUCGGAAGUCGCUUUAGGGUGCGAUGUAGAAUCGUCACUACUGGGAUAUAACUUUAUUUAUAUUCGAUCAUGUCGUCUGAAGUCCGAGGACAUGAAAAACUUAGAAAGACUUUGUGAACAGGAGCUCCCCCUGGAGGAAAUAGACGCAGACGUCGUCACGCGCGUCAUUGAUGACGCAACAGGCACUGCGUACCGUAACAAAUACUGCGCUCAAUGCAACGGGGUUGAAAGGAUCGUAAGUUUCAAGAUUGACGUACGAUGCCAACACUACAUGAAAGUGUACCAGGCCACGGCGACAGACCAGCUGUUACGCAUGAUCGUCGCAAACGGAGACGCGUGCCAAAUCAAACAGGUCAUUCCCCGGAAUGCGAUUCUAGCCAGGUGCUACCCUUCCAUAUUCUUUAACAUUAGCCACAAAGUGAUUGACAGCUGUGACCACGCCUCCCCAUCGUGGUCCUAUGAUGAGCACAUCGCGAUGGCGUGUCGACACAUGAAUAGUUCCAUCUACAGAGUGGCCAGAGUGGAAGGCGAUGUUUACUACAAGAAUAUUUUUUGUGCCAUCUGUCAUGAAAACUCGUAUCCGUGGUACAAAGCUUGCAGGAGUCCAUCUAAAAGUACAACCAGAUUUAUUCCCCCACUGAAACUGCCACUUCAACUACUGAUUAACUUUGGUAGCAAGACAAUCAUCAGAAAAACUUUUUCUCGUAUUCUGUCUCCCAAUGUGACCGUCUGCUCUCAAGACGAAUGGACUGCUCCGAACGGCCAGUGCUUCUCUUUACUUUGUGCUCCAGGAAAGAAGCUAAUUAAUGGCAAGUGUUCAACGGUCCUGUCAGAGAUCAAAGGCCUCGGCUACAGUCUCAGACUUUGGUUGAUGUCGAGCGCUGAAAUUCCAAAACAAGUCAGACAUGCGCUGCCAUUUAUUCCUCAGGCGUAUCUGUUUGACAGACUCAGGACAAAGCUGAACGACUAUCUUGUUAACAUAAUGGACAGCAGCAAGAUCAACAUCAGCCUCAUCACAGCUGCCUCUGACCGCCUUGAUGACCGGCGCACUCUACGAAAGCCUGUUGUCUUCUUAUUAUCCGGCCACAUCGUUGCCAAUCAGGAUCUUGGGCGGGACGAGUUCGAGGGCGCCUUGACAGACGCUCUCCUGUCGCCUUGGAAGAACCUGAGCUUAGCCAACGGAGUGGAAGCGGAGUUUAUCCCUUCACUCAGUCUGAGAUCAAACAACUCACUGUGUGAAACGAUUACUGUGCCCAGCCAUGGCAAGAUUAGCUGCGGUGUGUCUGAGGUUAGCCCGAACGUGACGAGCGAUGAAAACGCUGUACUGUGGAACGUACGAGACAGCUUCCUUAAUGUCUCUCACUUGCUGAGCUGCAGUUUUGUGGCACUCAACAAGUCUCACUUCAACAGAGUCAUCACAGACGCAACCAUUCCUACGACUGUUAAAAUCAUUGUAAAUUUCGGUGACAACAAAAUCACCUUUCAGGAACCCACGGACAUGAACUACAUGCAUAUUGGUGACGACGGGAAACUUAAUGUGUGUCGUGAUCUGCUCGACAAGAAUGUACACUUGUCUGAAGAUGUUGAGUCUUUGGGGCUCUCUCAGGGGAAUAGUGACGACGAAAACAGGGCCGCCCAAUACGUUCUAACAAUGGUGUGCCUUGGAGCGUCCAUACUGGGCCUCUUGAUGACGUUGUUUACAUAUUUGAGAUUCCCAGUCCUGCUGACCACUGCUGGAAGAAACAACGCAUGUCUAAGUUUGAGUCUUUUGUUGGCGCAAGCGUCUCUGAUUGCAUCCACUCAUCUUUCAGCCCCAAGCGCACUGUGUACGGCUGUGGGCGUGCUGACUCACUCCUGCUGGCUGUGGACGUUCACCUGGACCUUCAUCUGCAGCUUCAACAUGUUCAGGAUCUUCACAGCCAAGACUAGAAUCACCAUCAGCUCACAGCAGCAAAACCUGCAGCUCUUCAAGACCAUCGCUGGCUCACUGACGUGCCCCGUCUGCGUCGUAGUCAUAGUGAUAGUUGCGUCACAUCUGACGUCAGAUGGAACUAAACUAGGAUACGGGGAUGGAGUGUGCUACCUCGACACAACGUUGCUUCUUGGUCUGUCUCUAGUUCUGCCACUCGCCUUGUUCCUGACCUGUAACAUGGUAUUUUUCCUGACGACUGUGAUCAGCAUCUACAGGAUCCACAAGCUUCAGUCUUCAGACAAACCCAACAGCAGCGAUAAGAAGAAUCUCUUUAUUUACAUCAAACUCUCGUCUAUGACCGGAACUUUCUGGAUCAUGGCCAUCGUUUCUGAAGCUACAGACAGUGAUGUCUUAAGGUAUAUUUCUAUUUUAUUUAACGGGCUGCAGGGAGUGUUUGUCUUUCUUUCCUUCAUGUGCAACAAGAGAGUCUUGCAUCUCUACACCAGACGUCACGUGACUACAUCGUCUGGGUCUAGGCGCGAGACAACGCAGACUGCUGAUCAAGAGGACAGCUUUAAACUGAAGGCCAAGGUUGCGUCUGCCAUGAGAUUUGUUCAGAUGGAACAAGAGAAGAGAGAAAAUGUUUAGCUAAAUAAUUAUAAAGCCAUAUUUUGUUUAAAGAUAAACUGUAAAGUUAUUGAGUUAGUAUUACAUUCUUUACCUCAACUGGCGAGUUUUAUGUCCCGCCAAACUAAUCAUUAAAUUACUGAACGUUAUUAUUAUUAUUAUUUUUUAAAACAACAUAACUUUUAUGUCAACAAUAGACCUCAUUCACCAAUCGUAAACAAACAACAUUUAGCCACAUGGUUCUCUAUCUUUUCUAUACAAAUUACGUAACCCAUUAAGGCUGUCACGUGAUACUUUUUUUUUCAUUGUUUUAUCAAUAUUGUCACGUGUAAAGUCUAAUCCUCGCUUUAAAAAGCCGGCCGCGUACGUGGCAUGGGUAAGUUUGGUCAGUUGCAGAUAGGCCUGCUUCUUCUCUCCGCUUUUUAUUGGUUCGGCGCUCUUUCACCCUGGCAAUUCUUCUUGACUCAUUAAUUCAAAUCUCGAGACUCACAGCUUAACGCCAUGAGGAGCGAUUGAGAGCUAGUGUACGCAUAAAGAAUGAAUAAAAUGCAAAGACGAAUUUAUUUUCUAAUACAAACUCUUAAUUUUCACUUAUUGUCCGCUUCCCUACCCAAACUUGUCCCCGCGAAAUCCUUUUCGCAUAGGGCUCCGCAAUGGUUAAGUCCGGCCUGCCUCUCCCCCUCUCUCUCUUUCAUAUCCCUGUCCCCUGUCAUACAAAACGCGAUGUAGGCCUACAUGGACAGAUCGAAACCGGAGUUCAUCCAUUCGGAAACCACUUUACCAAUCAGCCACCGCGCCUACAUCAAUAUUAUAACGCAUUACUAUGUAACAAUUUAUGGAAGAGUACUUCCACGUUCCCUCAUCUUGCAGUCACUUAUUUCAUUAGCCGUCAUUAGCUACACUGAAACUUGUGCUUAGCAAAAUUCAAAUUCAAAUCCAGAUGCAACUAGUUAUAAAUCAAAUCAAAAUUAAAAUUCGCAAUAUUACUCCAAUGUUUCAACUCAUUUUAAAAGUUGGCAAUGUUAGUGACAUUGUUAAUUAUUAUUGCAAAACAUGUGGAGAGUCGGAUUAAACCUUUCAGCGGGCCGGGGUUGGCCUGCGGUUCGUAGUUCUCCCAUUACUGCAUUGCUAGAAUAAAGUCUGGACUAAUUUUCGAUAGUGUUUUAUUUUUAAGUCUCAUCUAACUUUGUGCAGGCCUAUGAGUGACCUUUUACCAAAUGCCAUGUAACAUGUCACAGCAUUAGCGCAAACAUUUUUUCAUU